GACUGGCGUCAGGGAAGCUGCUUCCCCGGGCACGGACGCGAGCGCCUUCGAGGGAGCCCAGCCCUCCCCCAGGACGCACUUGGUACCGCCCGGGGGUUCCCCGCCGCUGCCGCCCUGACGUCCAGGAGUCCCCGAGAAGACCCGCCCGGCUGCUGGGGCCCGGGACUGGGCGGCCAUGGCGGGACCCGGCUCCCCUGGCGGCCCCUGCGCGCCCGCUGCCGUCUGGAAGCGCCACAUCGUGCGGCAGCUGCGGCAUCGGGACCGCAAGCAAAAGGCGCUCUUCCUGGAGCUAGUGCCGGCUUGCUCCUGCCCUCUCCAUCCCCAGAUAACCACGUCCUAGAGAAGGCUGAACUGCUAGCCAAUUUCUCAGAACAGCUGAAGCCUGAGGAAGUCGCCUCCACUCCAAAUCUGGACUCCUGGGGGGAGUUUUCCGGGCCUGUCUCUCACCAAGUCUCAUCAGCAGCCUCUCUGAGGGCGAAAUGGCAGGAGGAGAAGAGGGGACUGCAGCUGGUCUGUGGAGAGAUGGCCUACCAGGUGGUGAAAAAGAGUGCAGCCCUAGAAACCCUUCAGUCACAGCUGGAAGAGCGGCAGGGCAGGCUGGAAGCUCUGCAGGUCUGCGUUGUACAGCUUCAGGAGGCGCGGGCACAGCAGGUCCGGCUGCUGGAGGAACGGCAGGCAGAGAACGCGGCGCAGAGAGAAGCCUACCAGACGCUACUCAAGCAAGCAGCGCACCAGGAGGCCGCAUUGCGCAGGCUCCAGGAAGAGGCACGGGACUUGUUGGAGCGGCUUGUGCAGAGGAAAGCAUGCGCGGCCGCUGAGUGCAAUCUGCGUAAUGAGCGCAGAGAGAGGGCUAACCAAGCUCGGGUGUCCCAGGAGCUGAAGAGGGCAGCAAAGCGGACUGUGAGCAUCAGCGAGAUCCCAGACACUGUAGAAGGUGGGACCAGGGAGGAGACUGUACCUCUAGCUCCUGCUGCUAUGCCUGAGCUCCUGGAGAGAGAGACCUGUGAGAAAUGGAGGAGGCCUUUCAGGUCUGCCUCGGCCACCUCUCUGACACUGUCCCGCUGUGUGGAUGUGGUGAAGGGGCUGCUGGAUUUCAAGAAGAGGAGAGGGCACUCAGUUGGGGGUGCACCUGAGCAGCGGUACCAAAACAUCCCUGUGUGUGUGUCUGCCCAGAUUCCUACCCAGGCUCAGGAUGUCUUGGAUGCUCAUCUCUCUGAGGUCAAUGCUGUUUGCUUUGGCCCUAACAGCAGCCUCCUGGCCACUGGAGGGGCUGACCAGCUCAUCCACCUCUGGAAUGUCGUGGGAGGCCGCCUGGAGGCCAACCAGACCCUCAGAGGAGCUGGUGGCAGCGUCACCAGUGUGGAUUUUGACCCCUCGGGCUCCCAGGUUUUGGCAGCUACUUACAACCAGGCUGCCCAGCUCUGGAAGGUGGGAGAGACCCAGUCCAAGGAAACACUGUCUGGACACAAGGAUAAAGUGACAGCUGCCAAAUUCAAGCUAACAAGGCACCAGGCAGUGACUGGGAGCCGCGACCGGACUGUGAAGGAAUGGGACCUAGGGCGUGCAUACUGUUCCAGAACCAUCAAUGUACUGUCCUACUGUAAUGACGUGGUGUGCGGGGAUCACAUCAUCAUCAGUGGCCACAAUGACCAGAAGAUCCGGUUCUGGGACAGCAGGGGCCCCCAGUGCAUCCAGGUCAUCCCUGUACAGGGCCGGGUCACCUCCCUGAGCCUCAGCCAUGACCAGCUGCAUCUGCUUAGCUGUUCCCGAGACAAUACACUCAAGGUCAUCGACCUGAGACUCAGCAACAUCCGACAGGUGUUCAGGGCGGAUGGCUUCAAAUGCAGUUCUGACUGGACCAAAGCUGUGUUCAGCCCUGACAGAAGCUAUGCACUGGCAGGCUCCUCAAAUGGAGCCCUUUACAUCUGGGAUGUGGACACCGGGAAACUGGAGAGCAGCCUAGAGGGACCCCACUGCGCUGCUGUCAAUGCUGUGGCCUGGUGCUUCUCUGGGAACCAUGUUGUGAGUGUGGAUCAAGGCAGGAAGGUGGUGCUCUGGCACUAGGGCACAGUUUCCCUGGAUGGACAGGAGCGCUGUUCUGAAGCCAGAAGCCAGCCUUCCUCUGACCAGGACUCCAGAGUCGGGGUUGGGUCAAAUGUGGACGUUAUGUGAGGGCCUGGCAGGACCUGGCCUGUUUAAAAAUCAAGUGUCAAUUAGGGAUUACAAUUUUUAAAAAUCUCUAUUUGUUUAUUUUUCUCAAAAUGGAUAAAAAACUACCUGUGUCUUGCCUCUGAAGCUCUUGGGGGGUCCGGGGAGAUUGGCUGUACUAGUCUAACCGUGGAAAAGCAUGAAGGCCGCGAGGAGCGGUAGCUCCUGGGGCUGCCUCCUGCCACCAUCUCCUUCCUCCCUGUGUGUUAGCUCUGUCCCUCAUGGCGCCAGUCUCCAGGGCUUUACUCUAGUCUAGUCCUCACCAGAAGCUGUACCCUAGUUUGUCGUCACUGUUUUGGACAUGGUUGUGGUAUGCAGCCCUGGCUAGUCAGGUACGCAUUUGAUGGCUCAGGGUAGCUCAGAACUUGAGGCCUCAGCCUCAGUGCAGGGAUGGCAGACACUGGCUGUCUCAGCCCUCAGCACCUGUGGGGCCAUGGUUCCCCUUCUGCCUUCAGAAAUCCAGCACUUUAUUGUCCUACAAGGCUUCUUCCUCUGCCUUCAAUGUCCUUGUCCGUCCCAAUGGCAAUUCAGGUUGUCUUUUGGGAUCCCUUGAUGGACAGCCUACCUAAGAGGUCUUGGUCCCUCACUCCGGUUUGCUACCCUUCUUACAGUAUUCCCUGUAUCCAUGCCUGGCUCAGAAGCCACAGGAAAUGCUUCCUGAGUGGUUACAUUCUCUUGCUUAGCAAGUUCAAUAGUCCAAGAUUCCAUUCCUACAGUUGAAACUUUGCCCUCAGUCUGGCCUAGCUCUCUGUGGCCACUAGGGGUCACUAGUUGGCUGGUCAACAGGUUCGAUUGUUUCAUUGUAUUCUUUUCUGCCGGGAAAGACUCCCAGUGGCCACCAUUAUUGAGGACCACCCCAGCCUCAGGCUUGUUCUCUGCAGCUUCAUUUAUUUCUCCCAACCACUUGUAAUGGAUCGCGUUCUACAGAUGAGAAGUGAGGCAUGAAGGUUGUCAUUCCAGCUCACACGGCCACGAACACAGCCACGAAUUUGUUCUGCAUUAUAUCCUGCAACCUUUUCUUUUGAAACACGGCCUCGGUGGCUGAGUGUGAUUGUGAACCUGAUUCUCCUGCCCGUGCCUCUGCCUUCCAAGUGCUGUCAUUAAAGAUGUGUACCCCAUCCCAUAUGGUGCUGGGGACUGAACCCCAGGGCUUUGUGUGCGCCAGGAAAGCGGUCUGCCAAGUACAUCCUCAACCCAAAUCCUCUUUUUAAAAAAAAUUUUUAGGUGUAUGAGUAUUUUGCCUGUAUGUAUGUUAGUGCACUGUGUGUGUGCAUGGUACCCACACAGGCUAGAUCCCUUAAACUGAGCAUAAACCCCAACAUAAAUCUUGAUAGUUGUGGAUGAGCUGUCAUGGUUGCUGAAAACUGAACCCAGGUCCUUUGCAAGAUCAGCAAGUGCUCUUAACCUCUGAAUCAUUUCUCUAGCCCCUACACCAAAACCAAAAUCUCAGGAGACAGACUCCCAACCAGGCAGGGCUCCUCCACCAGGGAUACACAGAGCUGUGCCUGACCUUAUACUCCUGAGUGCUCUUUUAUUCUGGACUCUUGAGUUGAAGGUCCUAUCUGUUGAAAUGAGGCACAUGCAGGGACACCUGAGUCCCGGGAGGCUGCUGUGAGCCGCACCAUCCUGGGUACAGAGACACUUCUGCCCCUCCAGCUCUCCUGAGGGAGCUCAUGUGAAUCCCUGAGGAGGAGCCAGGGCCAGCAGGGAGACCUCUAAGGUCCCUAGUAAAACCUGGAUGGCCAGUGUGUGAA